AUGAUCAGUGUGGGUUUAGAGUGGUCGUGUUUCGAUGUGCUGCGGCAGGCAGGUCUGUAGCCGCUGCGAAACACCUGUUAGUGGAGUAAUAAUUACAUACGCCAUAACAUCACAUGCACACUCAUACCUAUAAUAAUUAUAUACGACAUCCCCAGUUAACAUGAGCAGUACGUUGAUGGCUACUGGACAGCAGCUCUAAAAGCUUUAUAAGGCCUUUGUAGCUUCAUAAAUCAUUCAACCACACCAGGUCUGUCUGUGGAACAUCUUGCUCGGCUGGUACCAGUAUGAGGAGGAGGAGGAAGAGGAGGAGAAGUUAGUAGUAGUAGUAGUUACCUCCCGAGUGGCGCAGUGAUCUCUGUGCCACUACAGAUCCUGAUUCGAAUCCAGGCUCUGUCAUUGCCGGCCGCGACCAGGAGAUCCAUGGGGCGGUGCACAAUUGGCCCAGCGUCGUCCAUGGUAGAGGAGGGAAUGGCAGGCAGGGAUGUAGCUCAGUUGGUAGAGCAUGGCGUUUGCAACAUCAGGGUUGUGGGUUCGAUUCCCAUGGGGGGCCAGUAUGAAACAUUAAAAAAGAAUGUAUGCACUCACUAACUGUAAGUCGCUCUGGAUAAGAGCGUCUGCUAAAUGACUAAACAUUUUAAUGUAGAGGGUGUCAAAAAGGUUGUCACAUUUGGCAAUGGUCCGGGUUGUAUUCAUUAGUGCACACCGUAGCAACAUAAAAAGUUGAGAUUAGAUUAACUUUUGACGGACUGCAUGGCUACAAAACACACAAGUGACAAAUGCAUAGAUUAUAUCCAUCUCUGUGUGGCUGCGACCUAGUUGGAGUGUUUGGUGAGUCCCAAACCAUCACCUUUUAGGUUUGGGUGCUAUUGCAUCUUACAGGGACAAUGCUGGAGAGCCACUGUACGGAAGCAGGACCUGUGUGUGUGGAAACCCUCUGUUACAGGGCAGACGUGUCUGAACAGUAGAACUAAUGAGGAAACUAGCACCUGAAAUUCCUGAUGGGCAGACCAGCUGUCAGUGUGUGCCAACAGAGCUGUCUAACAGUAGCUAAUAGGCAGGAUUUUUGGGCCUUCCUCCUACAAAAUGGGUUCUGGGAAGUGCUUAUGUGGCACCUUUACUCUCCUUUCCCCCUUCAUUAUUUCCCCUGUAUUUCCUUGUCUCCCUCUCUGUUUUCUUUCUCUCUCUCUCUCUCUCUCUCUCUCUCUCUCUCUCUCUCUCUCUCUCUCUCUCUCUCUCUCUCUGUAAUUAUGUAUGUCUCUGAUUGGUCAGGUGGUUGAGCUUGCAGCAGCCAAUAGCAGCUCUGGUAGCAGUGCCCCUCGAUCCCCUGGGAAGGUUUGUGUGUGUGUUAAUAAUCAGUGUAUGUUAAUGAUCAGGGGUCCGUUUAAAACCAGACCAAACCAUUUUCGGGGGCACAGUCUUGUCAGUAGGGUCAGAGGGACAGGGUGCGCCAGGAGUCUCUCACAUACACGCACACACACUUGAACAUCCAGCCUCUGAACUGGCCAGUGGGCUUCGUCUGAUACAGCCUCUCAAGAUCCAACAGAGAGACUCCACUACACACAACUACAGGUAAGACAACAACAGGCUGUCAAGGGUUUGGUUGUUUGUUGACAUCAUAAAUAUGACAUGCUGAUCAAAACUAGACUUUGACCUGAUGUCUUUGUCAGGUAAGUGAUAAGAUGGUUCUGAUCAGCAGAGCGGUGGGGACCAGAGACUUUAGGUCAGGAUUAAGUUCAGUUCAAGGUUGGUUUAAGUCCAGUUUAAGGUCAGGUUAGGUUUGAAUGCUCAAACACCUGUAGCCUGUGUAGGAGAAUCAACCAGCAGUGCAGCCUAAACCCCCUGAUGAGACUCAGACAGAAGACCCUCUGAGGCAACAGUUUAGAUGGGUGGAAGCAGACCCGGUGGUGGAUGUAGACUGGAAACAUUGUUUGAAUUUUUUGUUGUGGGAAGCAAGACAACUAAAGGUGAUUUAGCCGGACGAGGGUACUAACAGUCUCUUCUACAGCAUUCACUACUCUUCAUUAGGAAUGGCAUGAGUAUAGGAAGCACUUUAUUUGACAAACUGUUUCCACUGGUAUUUACUUGAAAUUGUCCGUAGGAGAGGAGGAAGCCAUGGCUGGAGGGAGCAGAGCGUUGUUCUACGGUGUGUUCACUGCUGCUCUGCUGGUCACCAUGCUGCUGCCUGGUGAGUCACAUGCCUGCAUGCACGCUCAAGCAAACAUAGGGGUUAAUGUUAGGAUGGAGUUUUUAUCCUCUCCUACCUUACUCCUCCUCUCCUCUCCUCACCUCGCCUAUUCUCAAGCCCUUGACUAGUUGAAUCAGGUCUGUUAUUGCUGGGCUAGAACGAAAAUGUCCAGUCCUGAGGGUAACCAAGGAACAGAUUCGGAAACAUUGUCUUAACCCUAACUAAAACUCAGAACAGUCUCUGUCUGCCUCUUAUCACCUGUUGUAAUAACCUCACCAUAUGUAACUGGCUCGGAUAACUGCCUCCAUCCCAGCUGUUUCUGGUUAUAUGUUGACAUGAUUGACAGUUCCCCUCAGGGGAAUAUCUACUGAAUCUCCUCUUUCCUCUAAAACUGUCUCUCAAACAGACCCAUAAUCCUAACCUUAACCCAUCAUGUAUUUACAAGGGUAGAGGGAUGGAGGAGAGGGAGGGAAUUCGGGUGCGUUCUUUCAUCGUUCCAACACUUGUAAAAGAUUAUUACCUGUCAGCAUCAGUCCCGCUCUCUCCUCCCCCCUGCUCCCCCUCUCCUCCUCCUCCUCCCUCCGUCCUGUAAAGGCUGUUGUUUCCAGAUGUUCCAGUCUUUUACUGGCUCGUUAAAUAUAGUACAGCGGAUACACUGAGACAGCAACAUUUACCCCAACACCACACAUACCUCCCUCCAUCCAUCAUCCAUGCAUCUCUCUCUCCUUCUCUUCCUCCAUCCCUCUCUCUCCCUCUUUACCUCACUUCCCUCUUCUCUAUCUCUCUACCUCCAUCCCGCUCUGUCCUUCCCUCUGAAAACUGUUAGCACCUUUUCCCUGUGGAGAUGAAAGAGCAUGCAUGCAGAGGUGUGUCUACUGUUUCUUACACACACACACAGGGAGCUCUGUAAGGUAGCUGGCCCAGUUGGGGUCCACUGUUACAGGCUCACCUAUAAAAUCUACAAAGAGCCGAAGUCACCGAACCUCCAGGCACCGCCAAUUACCCCUGCCCUGUAAACCUGUGUGUGUUUAAUCACACACCUUUACACCUGUAUAUUACACUCGCAGUGGGGAAAGGUUCUUAGUAGUAUAUGUAAGAAUGUUUUGGGCUCUGCUGCUGACGCAUGGCAACAUCUAACUCUGACUGUGUGUGUCUGUCUUCUCAGAAUUCCUGUCGGCGGGGCCGGUGUUUCAGAAGCUCAAUGGAGAUGGUAAAAACACCACUACAGUACCAGUCAAAUGUUUGGACACACCUACUCACUUUAUUUUUACUAUUUUCUACAUUCUAGAAUAAUAGUGACGACAUCAAAACUAUGAAAUAACACAUAUGGAAUCAAGCAGUAACCAAAAAAGUGUUGAACAAAUCAAAAUAUAUUUUUUAUUUUAGAUUCUUCAAAGUAGCCACCCUUUGCCUUGAUGACAGCUUUGCACACUCUUGGCAUUCUCUCAACCAGCUUCACCUGGAAUGCUUUUCCAACAGUCUUGAAGGAGUUCCCACAUAUGGUGAGCAAUUGUUGGCUGCUUUUCCUUCACUCUGCGGUCCAACUCAUCCCAAACCAUCUCAAUUGGGUUGAGGUCAGGUGAUUGUGGAGGCCAGGUCAUCUGAUGCAGCACUCCAUCUCUCUCCUUCUUGGUCAAAUAGCCCUUACACAGCCUGGAGGUGUGUUUUGGGUCAUUGUCCUGUUGAAAGCGCAAACCAGAUGGGAUGGCAUAUCGCUGCAGAAUGCUGUGGUAGCCAUGCUGGUUAAGUGUGCCUUGAAUUCUAAAUAAAUCACAGAUAGUGUCACCAGCAAAGCACCAUCACACCUCCUCCUCCAUGCUUCACGGUGGGAACCACACAUGCGGAGAUCAUCCGUUCACCUACUCUGCGUCUCUCAAAGACCCGGCAUCCAAAUCUCAAAUUUGGACUCAUCAGACCAAAGGACAGAUUUCCACCGAUCUAAUGUCCAUUGCUCGUGUUUCUUGGCCCAAGCAAGUCUCUUCUUAUUAUUGGUGUCCUUUAGUAGUUGUUUCUUUGCAGCAAUUCAACCAUGAAGGCCUGAUUCACGCAGUCUCCUUUGAACAGUUGAUGUUGAGAUGUGUCUGUUGCUUGAACUCUGUGAAGCAUUGGGCUGCAAUCUGAGGUGCAGUUAACUCUAAUGAAUGUAUCCUCUGCAGCAGAGCUAACUAUGGGUCUUCCUUUCCUGUGGCAGUCCUCAUGAGAGCCAGUUUCAUCAUAGCGCUUGAUGGUUUUUGCGACAGCACUUGAAGAAACUUUCAAAGUUCUUGAAAUGUUCCGGAUUGACUGACCUUCAUGUCUUAAAGUAAUGAUGGACUGUCGUUUCUCUUUGCUUAUUUGAGCUGUUCUUGCCAUAAUAUGGACUUGGUCUUUUACCAAAUAGGGCUAUCUUCUGUAUACCACCCCUACCAUGUCACAACACAAGUGAUUGGCUCAAAUGCAUUAAGAAGGAAAGAAAUUCCACAAAUUCCAUUAUAAUAAUAUAAUAUAUAAUAUAAUAAUAAUAAUAAUAUAAUAAUAUGCCAUUUAGCAGACGCUUUUAUCCAAAGCGACUUACAGUCGUGUGUGCAUACAUUUUUGUGAAUGGGUGGUCCCGGGGAUCGAACCCACUACCUUGGCGUUACAAGCGCCGUGCUCUACCAGCUGAGCUACAGAGGACCAUUCCAGGUGACUACCUCAUGAAGCUGGUUGAGAGAAUGCCAAGAGUGUGCAAAGCUGUCAUCAAGGCAAAGGGUGGCUACUUUGAAGAAUCUCAAAUAUAAAAUAUAUUUUGAUUUGUUUAACACUCUUUUGGUUACUACGUGAUUCCAUAUGUGUUAUUUCAUAGUUUUGAUGUCUUCACUAUUAUUCUACAAUGUAAAAAAUAGUAAAAAUAAAGAAAAACCCUGGAAUGAGUAGGUGUGUCCAAACUUUUGACUGGUACUGUACCUAACAAACAUACUUUACAUACACAACAAUGUUUGAUGCUUGAUGUCUCGCCAGUAGGGGAUGCCACUGAAGAGACAGUGGUUGCGAUGGCGUCAGCAAGGAGGCUUGUCCGUAACCGUAGAAACAUCAGCUGGUACAAGCAACACUCAGACUUCUGGAACUGGUACAAAUACUUCACCGACAAUGGAAACACGGAGGCAGUGAGUACACUGAGGAGUUUGGGGGGUUAUCCGUGAAUGGUCCCAAACUUUCUGGUCCCAAGGGGCCCAACAGUAACUAACCACAGACCUUCAGAGUUGAGUAUCACCUGCUUAGAGAUUAAAAUGGAUAUUGCGUUUGAGAAUGACAUGGGAACCUUGGGGAACUCCACAGGUAUCUCUACUCAUGUUAUUGGGUUUUCCCUAGCUUUGGCUUUGCUCUUUAUGAACCUCAUACAGUGAGGGAAAAAAGUAUUUGAUCCCUUGCUGAUUUUGUACGUUUGCCCACUGACAAAGACAUGAUCAGUCUAUAAUUUUAAUGGUAGGUUUAUUUGAACAGUGAGAGACAGAAUAACAACAAAAAUAUCCAGAAAAACGCAUGUCAAAAAUGUUAUAAAUUGAUUUGCAUUUUAAUGAGGGAAAUAAGUAUUUGACCCCUCUGCAAAACAUGACUUAGUACUUGGUGGCAGAUUUGACAGUACAUGGCCCCGUCCAUCGUCCCUUUGAUGCGGUGAAGUUGUCCUGUCCCCUUAGCAGAAAAACACCCCCAAAGCAUAAUGUUUCCACCUCCAUGUUUGACGGUGGGGAUGGUGUUCUUGGGGUCAUAGGCAGCAUUCCUCCUCCUCCAAACACGGCGAGUUGAGUUGAUACCAAAGAGCUCGAUUUUGGUCUCAUUUGACCACAACACUUUCACCCAGUUCUCCUCUGAAUCUUUCAGAUGUUCAUUGGCAAACCUCAGACGGCCCUGUAUAUGUGCUUUCUUGAGCAGGGGGACCUUGCGGGCGCUGCAGGAUUUCAGUCCUUCACGGCGUAGUGUGUUACCAAUUGUUUUCUUGGUGACUAUGGUCCCAGCUGCCUUGAGAUCAUUGCCUUGAGAUCAUUGAUCCUCCCGUGUAGUUCUGGGCUGAUUCCUCACCGUUCUCAUGAUCAUUGCAACUCCACAAGGUGAGAUCUUGCAUGGAGCCCCAGGCCGAGGGAGAUUGACAGUUCUUUUGUGUUUCUUCCAUUUGCAAAUAAUCGCACCAACUGUUGUCACCUUCUCACCAAGCUGCUUGGCGAUGGUCUUGUAGCCCAUUCCAGUGUAGGUCUACAAUCUUGUCCCUGACAUCCUUGGAGAGCUCUUUGGUCUUGGACAUGGUGGAGAGUUUGGAAACGGAUUGAUUGAUUGCUUCUGUGGACAGGUGUCUUUUAUACAGGUAACAAACUGAGAUUAGGAGCACUCCCUUUAAGAGUGUGCUCCUAAUCUCAGCUCAUUACCUGUAUAAAAGACACCUGGGAGCCAGAAAUCUUUCUGAUUGAGAGGGGGUCAAAUACUUAUUUCCCUCAUUAAAAGGCAAAUCAAUUUAUAACAUUUUUGACAUGUGUUUUUCUGGAUUUUUUUGUUGUUGUUCUGUCUCUCACUGUUCAAAUAAACCUACCAUUAAAAUUAAAGACUGAUCAUUUCUUUGUCAGUGGGCAAACGUACAAAAUUAGCAGUGGAUCAAAUACUUUUUUCCCUCACUGUAUACCUCUAACCUCACCCCCCCCCCCCCCAGGUCCAGGAGCUGGACAGGGUCUACCUGGCCUACCUCCAGAAUAAGAACCGUGCAGAGGGACGUCGCUCCUACAAAGCCUACCUGGGCCACCUAGGGGACAUCUACAAGGCCUGCGCCGACUCAGAGGACCCAAACUGUGUGGCCUCGGCCACUAGCCGGCCCAAACCUGAACCCCCCAAGGCCCCUCCCAAGCCCGCUCCUGUCAAGGCCUGUGACCCCUACAGGUCAGUCAUGUUCAUUUAUGUCUGUGUUAUAUCAUUUUAUGCUCAUGAAUUGAAUCUAAUCUAAUCUAAUCUCCUGUGUAGGGACCCAUAUUGUCUCUAUGCUGCCAUGGCACACGCCAAGAGCCAGCCCCCACCUGCCCCUGCCCCGGUCAAGGCCCCAGCCCCCCUGUAUGUGCGCUCCCCAGUGGCCGUUAAAGACCCUCAUUCUGGGUACUACUACUACUCCCCCGCUGUUCAGCCCUUCCUCUCCAAGGUACAGUAUUACUACACUAUUACUGCUAUUACUGUACCACUAUACUACUGUAUAUUGUCUAUCUCUCUAUCUGUCAUUAACAUAAGUAUUAUUGUUUUUAUUCCCAUCCAGGAGCAGAAGGCAGAGCUGCUGCGUAUCUGUUCAGCAGAGGAUGUGGAGUGUCUCCAGUACCACCUGAGAGCUGCUUUCGGUCACAAGCCUUCCGCUGGGCCCCUGCCUUCCUACGCCCACCUGGGCUGUGACCCGAAAGACCCUGCCUGUAAACCCCAGCUGGUCCAAAAAUCCCCCUCCGGCCUCUUCCUCCGUUACCCCAACUGUGACCCCAGAGACCCUCGCUGUGCCUACGCUGCAUCCCUACAGGUAAGAUUAGUAUGUGUUGUCAUCAUCAUUAUAGCGACUAUCAUGGAAUUGUAAUAUCAUCAUGACUGUCCUUCUGUCACCAGGCACCCCGUGCCCCUGCAACCCCCGCCCCGGCGGAUCCUGGUUCCUGCAACCCUCUGUUUGAGGACGGUUGUAACCCUCUCACCGCAACCAAGUACGCCACGGCACCAGAGGAGUUCAAGGAAGAACACAAAGACGAACCCGCCGCAAUGCGCGCUGCACCCCCAGCUCCCGAGCAACGCAGCGACCCAUUCGCUAUGUACAGGGAUGCUUAUGCUAACGCUAAUGGUAACCGCCAAGGCAGUGCUCCAAGCUCUCAAGCUAGUGACCCAUAUGCCAUGUACCGCCAAGCCAGUGCUCCCAGUGCUCAAGCUAGCGACCCAUAUGCCAUGUUCCGCCAAGCCAGUGCUCCCAGCACUCAAGCUAGCGACCCAUAUGCCAUGUACCGCCAAGCCAGUGCUCACAGCACUCCAGCUAGUGACCCAUACGCCAUGUACCGCCAAGCUAUCGCUAACGUUCAAGCUAACGACCCAUACACCAUGUACAGGCAGGCUAAUGCUAAUGCUAACGAUCCCUUCGCAAUGUACCGUGAAGCUGCGGCCUCCAUGCACAGACAUGUCCCCCCUUCCCCACGGCAGCACGCCCCCGCCCCCUCUCCCCGCUAUGAGGAGCCCCCCCAGGAGGAUCGCCACCCGCUUGGCCCCCGGGGAAAGACCAAGGAGGGCUAUGAAUGCUUCAUCGGCUACGACCAGGAGUGCUAUCCAAUAGCCCGCGCAGAGCCGCGUUCUGGCGCCCACCGUAACACCGCCUACCCCGCCGAGCCCUACGAGCCGCAUCUCAAUGCUGAUGGAUCAAGGAACGGAGUCCUUGAGCCUUCUGACCCCGACUGUGACCCAGAGUACGACACCAACUGUCGCCUGCGUCGCUACGAACCCCGGGAGGAUCUGCUGCCAGACACCAACGCCCAAGCUGUACACCAGGGGGAGCCAGAGCACAGCCAGGGGGAGCCAGAGAGAGACAGCGAGGCAGAGUCAGAGCCAUACCAGAGUGGCCAGGAGGAGACCUACGGGGCUUACCCCCCUCCCUCGCAGGGGCUGUCGUACGGGUCCUACCCCUCACCCCAGCGGGGAAUGCCCAGCUUCCAGGACAUGCUGAGAGGAUACCGAGACCAGUACCCUGAACAGGACGACCACAGAGCAUACGCUGCUGACUACCGCCAAAAAUAA